GAGGAAGAAGCGAAUCGCCACGCCCCUCUACUCGGAGCUGCGCAGAGUGGGCGGUGAUACUUCAGUCAUUACACCGGCUGUCAGCGGCGUGUGCAGAGGUUGGGGGACUGAGAGAUUCUGUUGCGGGGCUGCACUCACUGACACGCACCAUGUACCUGGGUAGGACAGCCUGGCAAAAGCUGGCACCCGUAGCCAGAAGCAGUGGCACCGCAGCCCUGCUCCGCAAUGCUCCAGCACGACAGAUGUCAUCCAGCAGUGUUCCAGGAUCUUCUGGGAGUUCCCUACCAUACACCUUAUUUGUCUGUGCUUCUUUUGCAGGUGGAGGAGUAUAUGUGUACAAUACCAUAACCAGAGACAGAAAUCGUUUUCAGGAUCGCCACGAGUACAUUCAAAGCAGGCCAAAACCAGAAACUGCAGCUAAGCCAUGGCCUCCUCAGGGCUCAGGUGAGGCUGAAAGUAGUGACGUGUCUGAGGCCAUUGAAGAGGCAGCUGUUACAGUUGAAGCUGUAGUAGUGGCUGUUGAAGAAAUUGAUGGGCAGGAGACAAUCGCCUCAGCACCAUUAAUGGAGGAUACUUUGCCAGAAGAAUUACCUAUUGCUGCAGAACUGGAGGCUGCCCCACUGCAAGGUGAGGAGGCUGACAUUAGUAAUAUUUCUAAGGACAACGAAGAGGCAGCUGUUUCUACCCAGACUGUUACAGCAGCUGCUGAAGACAAUCAGGGACCAGAUGCUAUCCUGACAACACCUCUGCAGCAUGCAUUGUUAGAAGAAACGGAAGUACUGAUUGCAACGGAAUCAGUGGCAGAAGUGGAGACAGUCUCAGUGCAAGUUUCUAAGGACAAUGAGGAGGCAGCUGUUCCUACCCAGACUGUUACAGCAGCUGCUGAAGACAAUCAGGGACCAGAUGAUAUCCUGACAACAACGCUGGAGCAUACAUUGUUAGAAGAAACGGAAGUACAGAUUUCAACGGAAUCAGUGGCAGAAGUGGAGACAGUCUCAGUGCAAGGUGAGGAGACUGAAAGCAAUAUUCAAGUCAUUGAUGAUGUGGCUGCAGUGGUGCCAUCUGAAGUAGCUGUAGUUACUGUGGAAGAAAUUGACAGACAAAACACUGUCCCCUCAGACCAUUUGAAUUUGGAAGUACUAGAACAAGAGGUUGCACCAGCUGCUACAGAACCAACAGCACAACUGGAGACUGUCCCAGUGCCAGGUGAAGAGGUUGAAAGCACUGAUGCAUCUCAGGCUGCAGAAGAGGUACCUGUUCAAAUUGAAGUUGUAGCAGAAGUUACUCAAGUAAUUGAAGACCAGGCCACUACGCUUUCAGCACCUUCAAUGAAGAAUGAAACUUUGGAAAUUCCAGUGUCUACAGAGUCUAUGGACAUUGUCUCAGUACAAGGUGAGGAGGCUGAGAGUAGCAAUGUUGCCACAGAAGAGGUUAUAGUUGCUGUUACAGUUGAAGCCGUUGCUGCUGAAGAAUCUGAAAAACAGGACACGACCCCUGCAGCACCAUUAGUGACAGAGGAAACACUGGAGGAUGUAGCAGUUUCUGAAGAACCAGUGGCAGAACUGGAUGCGGCACCAUUGUCAGCACAGAACACUGGCACCAUAGCAGCUGCCUCAGCUGAAGAAUUGUCUCCUGUGUUAGAGGAAACAUCAGUUAAUAUCCCAGAAGAGCUUGCUGCUGCUGCUGCAGAUGAUUGGUCUGAGCUGUCUGCACACAAGCCAGAGGAUGCUGUAGAAGAGGCAGUACAAGGUACUACAGUGAUCCCUGAGGUAGCACAACCUGAGGUUUCUACCAGCUCUUAGAAACAGAAGAAAUCCCUUUUCAAAUGUGUUCUCCAUAUAAUUUACCAAACCUGAAACACUAGCAAUCUGCCUAAACCCUGAACAGAUUCAACUGAAUUUCCACAAUCCCCAACAGAGUGCACCCACCCUCCCAUUUCUAUGACUAUGCAUGGAUGGUUUCCUUAAGAGUGUCAUGGAAAGCUUUUCCACUGGAAAAUGGAAAGAACGAGGUGAUAUCAGCUACCAGAAAACUCUUCAGGACCUGAUGCAGAUUUCAACUUCAGGAAGAAACGCUCCAUAUAGUAACCAAGAAAUGUUAUAUUUCCACAUGCAGAUAUAUUGCAUAGAGCUGCUUCCUGUAGCUGCCCCAUAUGCUGCCCGGGUUGUUUACCCUUUCACUACUUUGCACUUCUUCUAGAUAAACUAUCUAUCUAUCUGUAGGGAACCAAAAAGCAUGGCAGAGUAGGGUUUCAUAAAACCAGGGAAAAGCUGCUGGACAAUCAGAAUACUUUUAUCUUUUCUACUUGCAGGAAAUAUAUAGAUCUGAGUAUUUUAUUCAAUGAAACGGGGGAUAAUAAGGUCAUUUUCAGCCCAGCAUGUUGACUUUUCUAAAUCUUGCGUCUUUUCAUCUUUCUACCUUCAGAGUUCUGUGCCAUAAGCUGUGAAAUAUGUUUGUACCUCUCAGACUCCUUCGCUAUAGAAUUUAGGGAUGGACACAUAUAUCAUCACAUCAGAAAGAAGCUUAACCACUGACUGUGUCAUGGCACUAAAACCACCUUUCCUCUGACUCCCUAGUGUAAUGAUUAGAGUAUUGGCCUCAUGACAUUUUUGCUGCAUCCAACUCUAUUUUAUAUUUUAGGUGCUAUAUUUUGUGUACUCUUACAGUAAAUGUAAAUACAGGUAUAAUUCUAAAGGAACACACAGAACCAUCACUUUGACAACUUUGAUAAUUUUUAGCCCAAAUUGCACUAUGUGUGAAAUUUGCCUUAUAAAAAAAAUGUACGGACUGUAAUCAGGUUAGUUGCCAAAAUCCAGUUGACCAAUGCAUCUCAGUAUGACUAAACAGGGAAAACACUUGAUCAGGUAUUUUGGCCUGCCCCCAACAAGUGCAGUUUUGCAUGACCAAACUGUCCUCUGAUCCACUCAUUUGUCUAUCUUACUUUUCCAAACACAACCUGUGGCCCUCCAUCUGUGUCUACAUCAUCUCUACACAGCUAGACCUGGAAUACACGUUGGUUCUGUAUCAACCCUUUGUUACCCCUAGAGAACGCUACAGUAGGACUGGGUUUACUAUUCAUAUUUAUAAGGGGAAUGUACCACCCAAAAAACAAGACUUACUCAAGUGUGCAUCCCCUUAAAUAUUCAUGUAACGGGUAAAUAAUGCAGCUUGGGCUCAUCCACACCCAUUUUAUAAUUAUUUGGCUGCCACAUUGAUAUUGUAAAGUAUCAUAGUAUCACUAGUAUAAUGACAUUGGUGACCUUCAUAUCUGUAUGAUUGGAAAUCCCCUUGUCAGUUCAGUAACCACUGGAGGACCACAAGUUAAAGAUUCUUAAGCUAAAAAAUAUAUCUCAGAUUCAAAAAUUUUAAUAAUUUUAUAUCUGGAGAAAGGAUCGAUGUUAUAGCCCCAGGGCUACCUUCUGACUGCAAUUUAGCAUUCCAUGAAGCAGUUUCACACUGCCAGAAUGAUGGUGCUAAAACCUCAAUAUACCUCACUCACUUAGGGAACAUUGACUUAUCUGAGUUGUAUGGAUACCUGGAUUUAUUCAGCAUCAGCAAUAUACAGGGUGCUUUAUAAUCAGCAAUACUAUGAAAUGGGUGAUAGGAACAUGCAGAUAUGUCCAGCAAAGGCUACAAUGGUUUUUAUGUAUUUAAUAUGCAAAUAUAUUCAGAAACCAACAGGUAACUCUUGCAACAUUCUUUAUAAACUGCUGUGUAGGAGACUCUCCUGAUCUUUCCUUUAACUGUGAGUCAAAUGGUUUGUGUCCUACCUCAUGAAAAUUCAUAUUCCCUUCACUCACAGAACAAACACGGUACCUUAUCUAAAUGGCACAGAGCUACCAAGCUGUGACUGGAGUUCAUUACCAGUAUUUCUUUAUUUUACACUUUAUCAUGUGCAGUAUUUCUAUGUAGAGACAAUACCACUGUGAGACUUACCUUUGCAAAUAAAGACAGCUCUUUUAUCCUGUU